GAGGAGAAAAAAAAAAAGUGACCCCUCCGUUUUCCGUUUUUACGGGUUUUCUUCUGCAUAAUCGCAUCCAAUCCAUCCUCUUAAUUCUUACUCACUUACACCUUUGACCUUCCAACACCACCAGUCUAUACCAAAUUCUCCUAGUCCACAUAACGCAACACACCCUCUUCUUAACAACCAGUCCAAAUCGCAAACAUGGGUAACGGUGCCAAGGCUCAACAGAAGCGCGAGCGCAAUGCUAAGGACAAGAACACUGCCAAGUCCCAGCUCAAAGUGAACGAGAAGGCUUGUGAUAUUCAGUGCCAGAUCUGCAAAUCUACCUUCCUCAAGACCACAAAGGCCCCUGCUCUGAAAGAGCAUGCCGAGAACAAGCACAGCAAGACCAUUGCCGACUGCUUCCCCAACGUCCAAGUCGCAUAGACCAUAACACUAUGUGUUGACAUGAUGGUAUCGUACGAGAAGAGAAAAGUCAAGAAAACAACUGGAAAAUGGGAAAUGUUUAGCGAAGCGAGGCGUACUGUGGCGCGAUAGCCUAGACGAGAAUGGGGAUACGAGACAAGACGAGAUCAAGGGACUCAUGAUGGAUAUAAAUUUUACGCGGCUCUUUUUUUGCACAUUCUUGCCAUUCCUCUGUGUUUGCCAUCUGCUACCUAAUGAGCCUCUACAGCCUUUGGGGGCGCUUUCACGACUGGUGCUGCAGCCUCCUUCUGCUGCUUCGCCUUCGCCUGUUCCUCACGGAUGCUAGCCAGAAUAUCAGGAUACCAGCGCUCUCCAACGUCAGGAUGACUCUUGACCCGAUUUCGCAAUGUUGCCUCACCAAGCGUCUUUGAAGCACCGCCAGCUCGGAAAGUAAACUCGACAUCAUCAAUACGUCCGCCAUUGCGCUCCACGAUCUUGCGACGCUGCUCCCGUACUUCCUCUGGUACAAGACCAACGCCAACUUUCUCCAGAUCUUCAAACUCAGCGCUCAUGCGCACGCCUUGGAAGAAGGGAAUAGAGAAGCGUGCACCUGAGCCGGCAGCGGGGGAGAGGACACGAUGUGUUGUAGAGACACAGACGCCUUGUGUAAGUGCCUCUAAGCCUUGGCCGAUAGCAACGACGAGGGUUUCGGGUAUUGGCUCACAGUCAAUCCAGUCGCCUCGAACGUUCUGUACUUGAAGACCCUUGUGCGAUGUCGCCUGGAGGAGAUAGCUUGUAAGCAUGCUGUCUUUGUGAGGACCUACGCCCUGGCCCUGCACGUUUCCUUCGAUGCCGAGUUCCUUUGCAUCGGGGUACUUGACAAUCUUGAGCUUGUGUUGCUGAUCUUCGUCAAAGUAUUUAUCAAAGGCGUCGCUGGGAAGUUCAAUAGCUUCGGCGAUGAGAGACGUAAACUCAAUUGAGAUCUUGCCCAUGCGCUCCAUGUAGUCUGUAUACACUUUGCGGAACUCAGGCAACGAGUCCUCGGAUGGCCAUUGAUUGGGUGCUAACAGGUUACGAUAUAGAGGAGCACCAGGCCCAGGGAUAGGAUGCUCUGUUGAGAGAUCAAUUUGUUCACGAUGAUCAAUCUCUCCAGCUGUGAUCUCCGCUGAGAGACGAGAGUAGCCUAGGAAAGAGGGCGCAUUCUUCAUCUCAAUCUUGAGUCUGGACGAGUUAGUGAGCCAUCAGAUCAUGAUAAUGUCACUCAUCACUCACUUCUCUUCCUCGGGAAUGUCAAAGAAACCCUUUCCAAGUUCAAUGAUCUUCUGAAACAACUCAUCCGAGAUGCCAACA